AAUGGAAUCGACCGUAGAUGAAAUCGGCGAGUUGAUCACCAGACAUGCUCAUGAAAAUCCAGAAGGUCUGUCAAAUUCCGAUCUAUCGAAUUUGCUGCCAAAUAUAUCGGUUCAGGAUCGUGUUGCUUCGAUUAACAAACUGUUACAGCAGGGGCAUUUAGAAAUUCUUACAAAGAAUAACAGUUUGAUUUAUCGAUACAAAGAUGCGUCGAAAAAGACCAAUGUGCCAAAGGGAGCCGAUAACGAAGAGAAAAUUGUCUACAGUAUCAUUGAAGAGGCUGACAAUAAAGGCAUUUGGAUUCGGGACAUUCGCGUUAAAUCUAAUUUGAUCAUGACACAAUUGAAUAAAAUCCUCAAGAAUUUGGAGUCGAGAAAAUUGAUUAAAGCGGUGAAAUCGGUGAAUGCAAGCAAAAAGAAAGUGUACAUGUUAUACAAUAUGGAACCAGAUCGAACGGUGACCGGUGGCGCUUGGUAUCAAGAUCAAGAUUUCGAGUCGGAAUUUGUGGACAUUUUGAAUCAACAGUCGCUGCGGUUUCUUCAAAUGAAAUUGGAAAACGCACGGAAACUAAAUGACGGACCGUUGGCUACAAAGAAAAUGGCCUGUUGUUCGGUUAAACAGGUGCACACAUUCAUAUCGGAGCUGGGAAUCAGUAAGGUCAAAUUGGAUGAAGACGAUCUCGAAACAAUUCUAAAAACAGUUGUCUACGACGGAAAAGCAGAGAGAAUUCCACAGGCUGAAGGUGGUAGUCUCUACAGAGCGAUUGAAUCACCAUUGUCGGUGCCGGGCCUGAUCCAAACUCCGUGUGGCAUUUGUCCAAUUGCGAAGAACUGCGCGACAAAGGGAGAUGUUACACCAAUUAACUGCCAAUAUCUGACCGACUGGCUGGAGUGAUAACAAAGAUAUGCCGUGUAGACGAUUCGUCUUUUCCAAUGCAAUCGAUUACCACGUUUACAUAGAAUUUUAUUGUUAUAAUUGAAUAUUUUAUUCAAUGUUUUUUUUUUUCUUAAAUAAAAUUCAUUUUAUGUGUUCUAUUUUUAAAUGAAAA